AUGGUUGACUCAGACUCAGACAUUUUGAAUGCAAUUGAAGGAAUUGCAAGUGUCAAGUUCGAAUGGUACCAACCUAACCCUCAAGCAGUCAGACAACAUGCUGGAUACUUCCCCUUCAUAAAUAAGUCUGACAUUGACUUGACAAGGUAUGGAAUUUACAAUUCAAUUGAAACAAUUGUCAAUGAACCUUGUAUUCUCACAUGUCUCAGGAACUCUGGUCUUGUUACAGAAGAGAAGAUGAAGUAUCUUGAGUCAUGUGUGAAGACAAGGUACAUUCUCAGAGGUCAAUUGGCAAAAAUUGCACCGUUGGCAAAUGUCAAUAUCCGAGUCAACAUACCUACAGCUAAAGGUUCUUCACAUGACGACUAUGUUGUUGAGUUCAAUUUACCAUGGUUGAAGAUUGUAAUUGUCCACAACCACUUCAUGUUGAACGAAAGUCUUACAAACCCAUUGUUCGGAAAAGGCAAGUGCAACAUUGUCAGAGCUGUAAACAUUCUUUUCGAGAAAGGUUUGUUGGAACCAAUUCCAGAUGACAAGCUGACAGAAACUUUUGUACCAAAAGACGAAACAAACUUUUCACUGUUAGCAAGACCAAAAGUUGUUCCAGACAAAGUUCUAGUACAAAAGAAGUACACAAUUCCACAAGGAGUUGGAUUGUUCGGAUACCAACCUGAACCAGAAGAACUUCCAAUGAGGUUGCAAGAACUUCAAGAUGCUAUAAAUAAACUUCCAUUGAGACAUCCAAUUGACGUCAAAUUGUAUUGGAGAGCAUCUGAGUUAGGUCAGAAGGUUUUAUAUGAAACAGGUUGCUUCGACGAUGUUUAUGAGAUAACAGGAGAAGUUUCUCAGAAGAUAAGAGACUCACUUGAAUUUCCACAAACUGGACCAAUUGGUUGCGACAAGUUCGACUCAAACGAAAAGAUAUACUAUGUCGACCUUAACGCUGCA